GGCAUGGCCGGGGAGGCGGCGGAGGGGAGCGCGCAGCAGAGCGGCGGGGCCGCGCCCGGUGGCGGCGGUGGCAGCGGCGGGAGCGCGCUCCCCGCUCGCCCUUACAUCUGCUCCUUCCCCGACUGCGACGCCUCCUUCAACAAGGCCUGGCGGCUGGACGCUCACCUCUGCCGGCACACGGGAGAGAGGCCAUAUGUUUGUGAUUAUGAAGGCUGUGGUAAAGGUUUCACCAGAGAUUUCCACCGCGCUCGACACCUUCUUACACACACUGGGGAAAAGCCCUUCGAGUGCACAGCUGAUGGAUGCAAUCAGAAAUUUGGAACAAAAUCAAACUUAAAGAAGCACAUUGAGCGCAAGCAUCAAAAUCAGCAAAAGCAAUAUGUGUGCGACUUUGAAGGCUGUAACAAGUCCUUCAGGAAGCAUCAGCAACUUAAAGUUCAUCAGUGUCACCACACCAAUGAACCCCCUUUCAAAUGUAAUAAUGAAGGAUGUGGAAAGUACUUUUCUACUCCAAGUCAUUUAAAGCGGCACGAGAAGAUACAUGAAGGCUAUGCAUGCAAGAAAGAAAACUGCUCGUUUACUGGAAAAACUUGGACAGAGCUUCUGAAACAUAAUAAAGAAAGUCAUACAGAGCCGAUAGUUUGCAGCGAAUGUUACAAAACUUUUAAACGGAAAGAUUACCUCAAGCAGCAUCUAAAAACACAUGCAGCAGAGAGGGAAGUCUGCCGAUGCCCAAGAGAAGGAUGUGGGAGAACUUACACGACAGUAUUUAACCUUCAAAGCCAUAUCCUCUCUUUUCAUGAGGAGAAAAAACCAUUCUCUUGUGAUUAUCCGGGUUGUGAAAGAGUGUUUGCAAUGAAGCAGAGCCUGGCAAGGCACGCAGUUGUACAUGAUCCUGAAAAGAGAAAGCUGAACUCAAAAGCGAAGCGUUCUCGUCCUAAGAGGAGCUUAGCCUCUCGUCUGAGCGGCUACAUUCCUCCCAAAACACAGCCAGGAAAGGACGUGGUUGUGACAGACAGCAAGACAACGGAUAAGCCUGUGGAACAUGAAAUACCAACUGUUGAAAUUCUCACUCUGCAGUAAAGGUUAACUGAGACCACUUUUCUCCACACAAUUACCAGUGCAAAGUUCAACAAUAACUUUAUUAAAUUUAUAGUAUUAUUUUUUUUUAAAUAAGAAAUUAAUGUUGUUUACACAUCUUCAUAAAGUCACUGAUGCGGCUCACUUGA